GACGGAUUUGCAACAGCCAAGCACAUAAAGCAAGAUGCCUGAGGGCUGAGCCAGCUUCUGGACAACCUGAGCUCCAAGGCUGGAUCAGUUUUCURCUCUUCCCCUCCUGGUUCCCGGACGCAGCACUGCUAAGAGAGGGGGCAAGGAGAGUGCCGCAGCUUUGCCCCGGCUGUUUCUCCUCCACCCCGGCUCCCCCCGCUCCCCCUCGGCCACCGGGCUGUCCCGGGAGGGCUGCGCUCCGCAAGCAGCGGGGACAGGCGGGACAGACAAGCGGAGCUCACUGGCAGCAAGGCCAGCUCCGCUCAGAGGAGGGAGCUCCGKGUGCCCGGGAACAGCGGGGCGGGGGGGCUGCUCCAAGCCCUGACGUAAAAACUAAGUGGGGCUGCCYGCUCCGGCUUCUUAAGGAGCGCGGCGGCCACAGUGGACUCGGAGAAUCCUGCCCUGCCCGGAGCGCCACGUGACGAAAUGGAUSUUGGAAGCAGAGGAAGAAUCCACUGUACCAUGAGACUCACCUGCUCUCUGUUACUCAUGGCAGUGUUCUGUGUGACACCUUUUUUCUGCCACAGUCAAAUUGAUCCACUAGCUCUUGGGCAGGCAGACCCCCAGUGCUGGGAAUCCUCCUCAGCUGUUUUACUGGAGAUGAGGAAGCCUCGCAUUUCUGACUCUGUCAGUGGCUUUUGGGACUUCAUGAUCUUUCUGAAAUCCUCCGAGAACUUGAAGCAUGGGGCUUUGUUCUGGGAUCUGGCUCAGCUCUUCUGGGAUAUCUAUGUGGACUGUGUGCUCUCCAGAACCCAUGGCCUAGGGAGAAGGCAGAUGGCAGAAGUUGAGCAGAAGAUUGCUACUGUACGGUCUCAGUUCACAGAGAGAAACCAAGGGACAUUUUCUCAYAUUCAGAGGUCGCCAGUUCUGAAGAAGAAAGACUCAUUUGAAGAUUUAAUAAGUAUCCACAUACAUAACAGUAGAUCUAUAUUACUUGGAAGAAUGAUUGCAGAGUUAGGAAAAAAGCGGAAAUUACACAUUUAGUCUAAGAUCUUGAUUUGUAGAUUUUUUUAAACUACUUCUCUUUAUUUUUUGCAUUUUAAUCCCCAUUAAUGUCAGUUUGGUAAAAGAAGGCCUGUAACCUUAAGCUCUACAUCCCUGAUUAACUUGGACUUAUGAGUUUUCUUAAUUACCARUGAAUUUAGUCUCCUUACUAAACUGCAUGAUUUAUAAGCAGUUGUCUACUUUAACCUCUGUAUAUAUCAGGCUUUUUGUAAUAUAUGUGAUCUGUUCAAACUAUCRUCUUUUGGGUGCCAAAACAGGAAAUAACUGAUCCUUCAAUAAAGCAUAGACAAGCAGAGAAGAAAGUUGUCAAAAAACCUCCACUGGCUCCAAGACAGGAUUAGAGUUGAGAUGGKGAUGUUUGAUUGCAUGCAUAGCUGUACACUUGUACAAAGCAACCACUGCUCAAAGACAUCUUCCUGCUAAAGAAAAAUAGUACAUAUUUCUACAUGAAACUUCAUGUUUUCCAGUAGAAGGGUUAACAGAUUKUACCAGCUCCUCUGUUUUCACACUUAAAAUGUUUAAUCACAAGAAUUCUCAUACAUAACUUGCAUACACUUCUUUUUUAGCUCGCAAAUUCUUUGUAGAAAAAUCACAUUCUUCUGACUCUURUUGAUAACCCUAAUAGGCAAUUUUACACUAAACUAAUGCAAAA